CCUGUUAGGAUAAUGAUUGAUUGGCCAAAGUCGUGUUUGUUACUCCUGUUUUAAAGAUUCAGUGCCUCUGUGAUUGCCAAAGCUUCAGAAUGGAGGUUCAAACGGCAGUUCUUUUAUUUUGUCUCUUCCUCUUCUCAGCUGCAGAAGAUUGUAUGCACUGCACUGGAGAAGACUACAGAGGAAACAUCUCCAUCACUGAGAGUGGAUACACCUGCCAACGCUGGGACUCUCAGACACCACACAGCCAUUUUUUUUAACCCCGCACGUUUACAUGAGAAAGACUUGGAGGAAAACUAUUGUAGGAACCCCGAUGGAAAGCCUAAGCCCUGGUGCUUCACCUCAAACCCGUCCAAACGCUGGGAAUUCUGCUCUGUUCCUCGAUGCUUGACUGAACCGCCUGCAUUUGUAUCAAGGCACACGUGUGCUACUGGAGAUGGAAGCUCCUACAGGGGCAUAAUUUCUGUAACCAAAUCGGGGAAAACUUGCCAAAGCUGGGAAUCUCAAACACCUCACGUGCAUUCCAUUACUUCAGAAAACCUCCCAUGCAAUAGCAUGAAAUGAUGAGAUGAAGACAUCACCUCCUCUGCCAAUCAGUCAAAAGCAGUGGCGGCCUGUGACUUCUUUUUUUGAGGGCGCACGAUGCGACGUUCGUCACAACAUAGGUCUUCGAGGAAACUACUGCAGAAACCCUGAUGGUAACAAAGGUCCCUGGUGUUACACCUCCGACCCUGAAACCCGCUGGGAAUACUGCAAUGUCUCCAGAUGUGAGGAUCGACAUAGACCUGACGACCCACGAAUGAAUCCUGAGCAGGAAGGAGAGCUUAUUAUUAAAAGAGCUGCAGAAGAUUGUAUGCUCUGCAAUGGAGAAGACUACAGAGGAAACAUCUCCAUCACUGAGAGUGGAUUCACCUGCCAACGCUGGGAUUCUAAGACACCACACAACCAUUUUUAUAACCCUGCAAUAUUAUUUGAGAAGGACUUGGAGGAGAACUAUUGCAGGAACCCCAAUGGACUGCCUAAGCCCUGGUGCUUCACCACAAACCCGUCCAAACGCUGGGAAUUCUGCUCUGUUCCUCAAUGCUUGACUGAACCACCUGCAUUUGUAUCAAGGCACACGUGUACUAUUGGAGAUGGAAGCUUCUACAGGGGCAACAUUUCUGUAACUGAAUCGGGGAAAACUUGCCAAAGCUGGGAAUCUCAAACACCUCACGUGCAUUCCAUGACUUCAGAAAACUUCCCAUGCAAAGGUCUUCGAGGUAACUACUGCAGAAACCCUGAUGGGAGCAAAGGUCCCUGGUGUUUCACCUCUGACCCUGAGAGACGCUGGGAAUACUGCAGUGUUUCCAGAUGUGAGGAUCGAAGUAGAUAUUGGGCCUCAUAUUUCAACAAUAAAGAUGACCCACCAAUGUAUCCUGAGCAGGAAGGAGAGGUUAUUAUUAAAAAAGAUGAGAAUGAAUGUAUACACUGCAGAGGACAAGAUUACAGAGGCAAGACCUCCACCAGUGAGAGUGGAUACACCUGCCAACGCUGGGACUCUCAGACACCCGCGAAUCAUAGCUUCGACCCUUCAGCUUAUCCUGGCAAGCACUUGGAAGAGAACUAUUGUAGGAACCCCGAUGACAAGCCUAGGCCCUGGUGCUGGAUCACAAAUUCAACCCUUCGCUGGGAAUUCUGCUCCAUUCCUCAAUGCAGUAAACUUCACUCCUCAUCUGAACCGCCAGCUAAUGUACAAAAGCUUCCGUGUGUUACUGAUGAUGGAAUCUCCUACCGGGGCAACAUUUAUGUGACUGUAUCAGGGAAAACUUGCCAGAAAUGGACAUCUGAAACACCUCAUAAGCAUAGUGUAACUCCAACAAAUUACCCUUGCAGUGGCCUAGAAGAGAACUACUGCAGAAACCCUGAUAGUAAAAAAGGUCCCUGGUGUUACACCAAAGAUCCUGAGACCCGCUGGGAAUACUGCAGUGUGCCCAUUUGUAAAGAUCCAUCUAGACCUGCUGCAGAUGAAUGUAUGCAAUGCAGAGGAGAAGACUACAGAGGCACGAUCUCCGUCACUGAGAGUGGAUACACCUGCCAACGCUGGGACUCUCAGAGACCACACAAACACAAAUUCAUCACUUCAGUUUUACAUGAGGAGGCCUUGGAGGAGAACUAUUGUAGAAACCCUGAUGAAAAGCGGAGGCCCUGGUGCUAUACCACAGAUCCGUCCAAACGCUGGGAAUUCUGCUCUAUUCCUGAAUGCGCAACUGAACACACAAUUGUACAAAAAGAGUUCAAAUGUGCCACUGGAAAAGGACGCUCCUAUAGGGGCAAGAUUUCUGUGACUGUUUCAGGGAAAACCUGCCAGAAAUGGUUAUCUAACAUUGCUAGACUGCAUUCUACACUUCCGGAAGACUUCCCAUGUGGAGGUCUUGAAGGGAACUACUGCAGGAACCCUAAUAAUAGAAAAGGUCCCUGGUGUUUCACUACAGACCCUAGGACCCAGUGGGAAUACUGCGAUGUACCCAAUUGUGAAGAUCCGCCUAGACUUGCUGUAAAUGAAUGUUUGCACUGCAUUGGAGAAAACUACAGAGGCAACAUCUCCAUCACUGAGAGGGGACACACCUGCCAACGCUGGGACUCUCAGACGCCACACAAACAUCUUUAUGUUCCUCCACUUUCAGAUGACAUGCACCUGGAGGAGAAUUAUUGUAGGAACCCUGAUAGAAAACCUAGGCCUUGGUGCUAUACCACAGAUCCAUCCAAAGGCUGGGAAUUCUGCUCGAUUCCUAAAUGUCUAGGAACUAAACCACCCACAAUUGAACCAACGUUCACCUGUGCUACUGGAGAUGGCAGCUCCUACAGAGGUUCUAUUUCUGUGACCAAAUCAGAAAAAAAUUGUCAGCGAUGGACAUCUAAUAUUUCUAAGAUAUCUUCCACACUUCCAGAAGACUACCCAUGCAGUGGCCUUCAAAGGAACUACUGCAGGAACCCUGAUGGUAAAAAAAUGCCCUGGUGUUACACCACAGACCCUAAGAUCGAGUGGGAAUACUGCGAUGUCCCUGUUUGUGAAGAUAAAACUGAAGAAUGUACAAACUGCAAAGGAAUCGAGUACAGGGGAAAGAUCUCCACCACUGAGAAUGGAUACACCUGCCAACGCUGGGACUCUCAGAAACCCCACAAACAUGGUUUCAACCCUGCAUAUUAUUUUGAGCAGAACUUGGUGGAGAACUAUUGCAGGAACCCUUCUAGAGACUCCAGGCCUUGGUGCUAUACCACAGAUCCAGACAAAAGAUGGGAAUACUGCUCUAUUCCUCAAUGCACAAAUAAACCACGCACAGUUGAACCUGAGCACACCUGUGUUUCUGGAGAUGGAAGCUCCUACAGAGGUAUGAGUUCCCAGACCAAAUCAUGGAAAACCUGCCGGUGGUGGAGUUCUAUGUUUAACCACAUAGAUUCAAAAUUUUCAGAGGAUUACCCAUGCAAUGGCAUUGAAUCGAACUACUGCAGGAACCCUGAUAGUAGCCUAGGUCCCUGGUGCUACACCGGACACAGUAGUGACGAUUGGGAAUUCUGCGAUGUACCCAGUUGUGAAGAGUAACCUGGACCUGGUGUGCACUGAAGUAGUCAUUCAAUUACUUAAAGUUAUUACAAAAAAUUUAGAUUCGGUAAAUAAAGUCAAUGAUAACAA